UUAUCUCUCUCAAAGACUCAAUUGAAAGACUUUGCACCAGCUUAGGGCAAGGAACUUAUUCUCUCUCUCUUCCCCCAUAUUAUUCUAAAACCCUCUCUCUCUACAGUCUGUCUUCCUAUCUCAUUUCGCCAUACCAAAAGGCUCUUCUUUGCAGAGAGCGAUGUUAAACCCCAUGGACUUGCUCCGAUCCAAUCUCUCCCGGGUUCGGAUCCCGGAGCCCACCAACCGCAUCUACAAGCAAGAAUGCUGCAUAUCUUUCGACACUCCGAGAUCAGAAGGUGGCUUGUUUGUUGACAUGAACACAUUUCUCGCUUUUGGGAAGGAGUGUGUGGGCUGGAAUUAUAACAAGACUGGAAAUCCAGUUUAUUUGCAUAUAAAGCAAACAAAGGUGUUGGUUCCCGAAGAUAGGCCUUUGAAGAAACCAACGCUCAUGGCUCUAGGUGUUGAUGGGGGAUUUGACAACAAUGAACCUGAAUAUGAAGAAACUCACAGUAUAGUCCUAUUGCCUGAUUAUGUAACCCUUCCAUUUCCUUCUGUUGAGUUGCCAGAGAAGGUAAGGUUGGCAGUUGAUGCCAUUUUAUUGGCUGAGGGUGCUGAGAGGAAAGAGCAACUUGCAGCAUGGACAGCUGAGAAGAAGCAAGCUAGCGCAUAUGCAAUGAAUUUGCAACAGAUUGACAAUGGUAUUGUGGUUCCUUCAUCUGGCUGGAAAUGUUCCAAGUGUGAUAAAAGAGAAAAUCUUUGGUUAAAUCUAACUGAUGGAACAAUCCUUUGUGGGAGAAAAAAUUGGGAUGGUACUGGUGGUAACAACCAUGCCAUUGAACACUAUAAGGAGACAUGCUAUCCUCUUGCUGUAAAGCUGGGGACAAUUACCGCGGAUCUAGAAGGAGCAGAUGUUUUCUCUUAUCCAGAGGAUGAUAGUGUCUUGGACCCACUUUUAGCGCAACAUCUGGCUUUUUUUGGCAUUGAUUUCUCAUCAUUACAGAAGACCGAGAUGACAACUGCUGAAAGAGAGCUUGACCAGAAUACUAAUUUUGACUGGAACCGAAUUCAAGAAAGUGGACAAGAAGUUGAACCGAUAUUUGGACCUGGUUACACUGGACUUGUCAAUCUGGGAAACAGCUGCUAUAUGGCAGCUACGAUGCAAGUUGUGUUCUCAACACACUCUUUCUAUUCCAGAUACUACAAGAAUCAAAGUUUGAAAUUGGCUUUUGAGAAGGCUCCAGCUGAUCCUACUGUAGACCUUAACAUGCAGUUAACAAAGCUGGCGCAUGGUUUGCUAUCUGGUAAAUAUUCCAUUCCUGUAGCAGAGGGAAAAGAUGAUCCAAAUGCUACUGCUACUACAACAAAAUCUAAACAGGAAGGGAUACCCCCUCGUAUGUUUAAAGCAGUUAUUGCUGCCAGCCAUCCUGAAUUUUCUUCCAUGAGACAACAGGAUGCCUUGGAAUUCUUCCUACAUUUUCUUGACCAAGUCGAACGAGCCCAUGCUGGAAAACCUGAAGCAGAUCCUGCAAGGAGUUUCAAGUUUGGUAUUGAAGAUCGUAUUGUGUGUUCAUCUGGGAAAGUUGCGUACAAUAGAAGGCUUGACUACAUUCUUUCUUUGAACAUCCCCCUUCACGCGGCUACUAAUAAAGAGGAACUUGAAACCUUUCAGAAAUUGAAGGCAGAAAAGAUUUCGGAAGGCAAGGAAGUAUCCAGUGAUGAAAUUGUACGUCCAAGGGUUCCUCUAGAAGCAUGCCUUGCAAGCUUUUCGUCUCCAGAAGAGAUACAGGACUUUUACAGCACUGCUUUGAAGGCCAAGACAACAGCAGUGAAGAGUGGAGGCUUAACUUCAUUCCCUGAUUAUCUGGUGUUGCACAUGCGGAAGUUUGUAAUGGAGGUUGGCUGGGUGCCGAAAAAGCUUGAUGUCUAUGUGGAUGUUCCUGAUAUCAUAGAUAUUAGUCACAUGCGCAGCAAGGGACUCCAACCUGGUGAAGAGUUGUUACCAGAGGGUGUUCCUGGGGAAGAGGAGGAACCAAAUAAGCCUGUGGCCGAUGAGAGUAUUGUUUCACAGCUUGUUUCAAUGGGGUUUAGCCAUCUACACUGCCAGAAAGCUGCCAUUAAUACGUCAAAUACCGGGUUGGAAGAAGCAAUGAAUUGGCUACUUUCUCACAUGGAUGAUCCAGAUAUAGAUGCUCCCAUUUCUGAAGGGGGACAAAAUGUGGUUGACCAAUCAAAAGUUGAUAUGUUGCUUUCCUUUGGUUUUCAAGAAGACGUUGCUCGGACAGCACUGAAAGCAUCGGGUGGUGACAUUGAGAAAGCGACGGAUUGGAUAUUCAACAAUCCUGAUGCUUCUGUUUCAACUGAUAUGGAUGCGACAACAUCAGAAAAUGCACCUACUGCUGCUGAUGCUGGACUACCUGAUGGAGGAGGGAAAUAUAGACUUAUUGGAAUUGUGAGCCACAUUGGAACCUCUACUCAAUGUGGUCACUAUGUUGCACAUAUCUUUAAAGAUGGUAGAUGGGUUAUUUUCAAUGAUGACAAGGUUGGAGCUUCGGUAAAUACCCCAAAGGACAUGGGAUAUCUUUAUUUCUUUGAGAGACUGAACAGUUGAAAGACACCGGGUGGUUUUCACCAUCGGAAGAUGAGAUCGAAGAUGUUUGAAGUCAGAAAAGAGGCAGCGCAUAAUUUUGUGGAGCCUCAGCAAUCUGCCAACAUGCACUUGGUUUUGUGUAGUGUGGCUUUGAACCUCAGCCUUUUGUUAUAUGUUGGAGCGAUGAUUUUUCAGUUUGCUGCAUGGAUUCAUGCCAUUUGCUGAGGCGCCGCAUUCAGAUCUAGCUGACCUUUACUCAUUUCUCUUCUUCUUAACAUAUUGAAGUUCUCAUGCUACCUUUGUACUUUCUGAAGAGAAAUUAUGAACUAUAAUUUGCACAAGGACCAUCUGUUUCUAAUGACAAUAAAAGUUUAUGUUUCUAUUA